AUGGUCAAGGAUUGUAUGGAGUAUGCACAAAAAUGCCAAGCUUGUCAGUUUCAUGCGAACUUCAUUCAUCAACCACCUGAGCCAUUGCAUCCGACAAUUGCUUCGCACCCGUUCGAUAUCUGGGCAAUGGAUGCAAUCGGACCCAUUACCCUGAAAUCAUCAGUUGGUCAUAUGUACAUUCUGGCAGCCACGGAUUCCUUCUCAAAGUGCGCAGAAGCGAUAUCGCUGAAAGAAAUAAAGAAAGAAAAUGUUGUGCACUUCAUUACUGGAAGCAUUAUACAACGCUAUGGUAUACCGCAAUGCAUCAUCACAGACAACGCCAAGUACUUCUCGAAUACCGCAACAGAAAAUUUGAGCAAGAAAUUUCACUUCAGGCUUCACUUCUCUUCGAUGUAUAACGCUCCGGCAAAUGGAUUGGCAGAAGCAUUCAAUAAAACGCUAUGUAACAUUUUGAAGAAAACUAUCAGCAAGAAGCAGAGGGAUUGA